GCGCAGUGCUGAAAUGUUCUCAGAUACACAAACUCGGAAAAGAACAAGAAGCCUUGACGACGGAACUCAGGAUGACAGCACACACACAGCUGAUGAACUAUGGGAGGAAGUCCCAUGUAAGACCACUAUAAGUGCAGAGAAUGAGGUCGAGGCACAGAAACUUGCUAAUAACUACAAGUUUGGAUUUAGAAAGUGGAAAAGCCAUGUGACUGAGCGACCUUUUGAAGACAGAUCACAGAUAGUGAAGGAGCUUUACUCAGAGCUCAAUGUUAUUAAACCACAUACAGGAUCUUUAUUUACCUGUGGCAAUUUUCUGUAUGUGCUUUUAUUUGGUUGGUGGCUCUCUCUUGUGUACGUUCUUAUUGGUAUACUGAUGUUCAUCACUAUUAUUGGAAUUCCUCAUGGAAUAUUGUGUUUCAGAUUGUCCUGUUAUUUCCUGUGGCCAUUUGGAAAAGCAAUACAGAAGGCGAGCGAAUCACUAUCAGGUCUCGGAGUUAAACUGAACAGUGAAUCUUCAUUAGCUGAGGAGGAUGAGGGAAAAUCAUCCUCUCCACUGCUUCUAUCUACCACAGUGGUACAGAACAUUGAGGAGUCGCCCAGACCUCCAGAGCAGCAGUACUGGAAGCAGUUGAGUGUUUAUGUUUGGCUGCUGCUGGGAUAUCCUCCUCUGGUAGUUAUUCAUGGUGUGCAGUUUCUGCUCUGCUGGCUCCUGGUUUUUACGAUCCCUGUGGCCAAAAUGAAUGUCCGAACCUUGAGCACUGUUCUGCUAAUGUCCCCGGAUCAAGUUCUAAUUACCAAGACCACUGGGGACAGUGAGGGCCAAGCCAUCCUGUGCUGCUACCAUGCAGUGAAUAUCUACUACUACAAGUAUACAGUUGAUGGGAUUAAUGUUUUUGCUGUCAAUCUCGUCCCCCUAGUUGUCGUCUCGCUUAUAAUUGGCUAUACGGACAAGAACAACCGGUUUGCCAGUCCCGAGGUUAUGUUUGCUCUGGCAAUAGGUUCAAUCAUCCCACUGUCAUACUAUAUUGGAAUGGGCAUAGCUAGUAUAUCAGCUCAGAGUAACUUUGCAGUUGGUGCUGUGGUUAAUGCCACUUUUGGCUCCAUAACUGAGCUUACAUUUUACAUCACAGCCCUGCUCAGAGGACAUCGGCAGAGCAACAAGUGUCUUCAGGAGAUAGUAAAGGCAGCACUGACUGGCACACUGCUUGGAUGCAUCCUUUUUAUCCCAGGGAUUUGCAUGAUUAUUGGGGGGAUAAAACACCGGGAGCAGAGGUUUAACAGUCGGUCAGCAGGGGUCAGCUCUUCUCUACUCUUCAUAUCUAUUGGAGGUGUUUUUGCACCCACACUGUUCUCUAAAGCUUAUGGGAAUCUGGUUUGUGAAGACUGCACUAACUACACUGCAUCCAGCAGCAGCAAUGGCACCUUUACAUGCAGAAACUGCCACUACGACCUGAGUGAAAACAACUACAGUCUGUUUCAUAGCCAUAUAGAACCACUGGUGUACACUGUGUCAGUUUUACUGCCCGUGUCCUACAUAAUUGGCCUGCUGUUCACUCUGAAAACUCACUCGCACAUCUAUGACAUCCAUGUUGCUGAUGGAAGUGGAAGCCAUCCUGGUGCUGUGGCGCACUGGUCUCGUUGGAGAGCGAUGCUCAUCCUUAUCAUCGCCACAGUGCUAAUGUCCGCCUGUGCUGACCUCAUUACCGAGCACAUCCAGCCCAUUCUCACCCACCCAGGCAUCUCUCAGUAUUUUAUAGGUGUUACUGUUUUGGCUAUGGUUCCUGAAAUACCUGAGAUAGUUAACGGCAUACAGUUUGCUCUUCAGAAUAAAAUCAGCUUAAGUUUAGAGGUGGGGAGCUGUAUUGCUGUACAGGUGUGCAUGAUUCAGAUUCCCAUCCUGAUCCUGUUCAACGUCUUUUAUGAUGUGGGUUUUGUGCUCAUCUUCAGUGACCUUCAUCUGUGGGCGAGCAUCUUCAGCGUUAUUCUUGUCAACUACAUCUUAAUGGAUGGGAAGUCUGAUUACUUUCAAGGUACAGCUCUGGUGGUGGUGUAUCUCAUUUUACUUGCUCUCUACUUCUUUGCUCCUUCACCAGCAGGUUGUUAAUAGGGUGAACACUUGACUGUUCUUGCCAGGUUCUGUUCUGUUUUAUUGCACUAAUGGUACUACACCUAAAACUUCCAUUAACAUGCAGCAAUGUUUUUAUUAUGCUUAUUUAUUGUAAUAUAGUCAUAUUACUUAUAUUUCGACUUUGCUGUCUGAUGAUAAAGCUGCUUUUCUUCCAGUUUUACUAAAGUUGAGAGGGUAAUUUUACAAUUCUGUAGUGUUACUGUGAGAGGUGGUAGUACAAUAGACAGACCAACAUAAAUGCACACAUUAAUGGCAGGUAUUUAGCAUAAUUUAAAGAUGCAUUCAGUGGUCUAUAAGAUUAUAACUUGUUGGGCUUCAUAAUCCCAAUCAGGCACUUUCAAAGAUGAAUGCUUCUAAGUAUUUUAAAGUGACAUUUCUGUCAAAUGUCACCACGGACAUUUAUGCCAGAUGCAAACUGUAGUGUACUUGUAUUGACCAAAUAUCCAAGAUAACCGUGUUGUAUACAAGAACCUGGUUUUGCUAGGUCCUGUUCUCCGAUCAGAAUUUCUGAGCUUUGUUGUAAUAUAAUCUUAUGGACAUACAUGCAUUCAGAUGUUGCUCAAAACCUGUAUUUUUUUAACCAUUACAUUUACAGCAAUUACAUUCUAAUUUAUUCA